AUGACGGAAGGAACUGCACGUCCGAUGGAAUGCGAACCAGGCCACUACGAACUGGCUGCACGUGGAUUCGCGCUCAGGAUCGAUCUCGAGGAGCUGAUGCGCACAAAGGAAGAGGAGAAACGUGCGGAACCAGCCGCGGAUAAUUUUGAAGGCAAACGCCUAAACGAGAAGGCGGUGGCGCAGAAGAUGAUUGAAGAGUUGAGCAGUGACCGAUACCUCGGUCUACCUAUCGAUCACAAGUCGAUUACAGACAGCGGCGGGCAAAUCUUCCGCCCAAGCGCCGACGAGCUGAAGGCUUUAUGCGACUCGGUCAUGCUGCGGUUCAAAGCCGAAAAGGGCGUGGCGAGGCCAAAGGGAAGAACGAUGGUCGUCGGGGAUAUUAACGGAAAUAUCAACGAUCUUUGGCGCGCGAUUCAUGCCUGGCUGUCCGAUGUCGUGGGCAAAGGGCCCGGGCAAAAUAUCAUCUUCCUGGGCAAUAUCGUUGGCCCUAGCCGCCGUCAAUUCGAAUGUCUGAUACUGGUCCUCGCCUACAAGACUCUCUUCCCGAACCAGGUGUGGAUGCUCCGUGGCAGCCAUGAAGAAGUCCCCCUGAACAAAGAUCCGAAACAGGACAAAAAUACCACAUGCUACGACACCUUCUAUAGCUACAUAACUGGUGCCAACUACUGCAAAGGGGUGGAAGAGAUGUUCUUCGCUUUAUUCGAUAAUAUGCCGAAUGUCGGACUGAUUGACGACCGGAUUCUCUGCGUCCACGGCAUGAUAACGCUCGAGCUCACCAAACAGCUUCUUCAAGAUGGAUGGGAUGUGGCCGCUAAGCAGUAUGAGACCAUGAACAAGCAGCUGAGAUGGAACGUUCCCUCCGAACAAGUCGAAUUUUGUGAGCCGAACAGCCGUCGCCAGUACGGUAACCGCUUGGGGCCAAAAGCCAUCAAGGGGGCAAUGGAACGGCUUGGCGUCGAAUUCGUUAUCCGUGGUAGCCAGAUGAAGCGGAACGGCGUCAAACGAAUUGGAGAUCUCCCGGUGGUCACCAUCUUCUCGUCAUCCGGCGUCCGGAAAGCUGUGAAUUCUUCACUUGGCGCGCUUCUGUUCAUCGACCCCGAGAAGAACGCCAUCAUGCCGAUCUUCCUCGUCAACAUCGACGACAAGAUCCAGACGCAAGAGGAAUUCGACGAGAAGCUGGCUGCUGGAUGGAAAAUCGACAACAAAGAGAAAACGAGGCAG